AUCCAAAUGUAAUCUCGCCUGUAAUCUUCAUAGACGCUCAUUAAAUUACUUCGUAUUACAAACUGUUCAGAAUGGGAUCGUCAAACGUUGUAGUUGCUGCCGGUUUUAUAAUUUUUAGACGGAUAACAAAUUUAAUGAAAACUGAAUAUCUUUUGCUUAAAGCGUCAUAUGGAGAUUACCACUGGUCUCCUCCAAAAGGUCAUGUGGAUGAAGGUGAAAGUGAAUUCGAAACAGCUCUGAGGGAAACCCAGGAGGAAGCUGGAUUCACAAGGGAGCAACUUUGUGUUGUAGAUGGCUUCAAAUAUGUGUUGAAUUAUGAAGUCAGAGGAAAACCAAAACGAGUGGAGUAUUGGCUAGCAGAGUUUACUGGUCAAACAGAAGUAAAACUUUCAAACGAACAUACAGAGUACAAAUGGCUGGAACUUAAAGAGGCUUUGGAGUUUGCUAAAUAUGAGGACCUCAAGAAAUCAUUGACAGAAGCUGAUGAGUUUAUUAAUAGCAGGCUGUCAUAAUGACAUGUAAAACUGAGGGCAGGAUUCAAUCAGUGUAAAUGCAAUGAAAAAUGUUUUAUCAGUGUAUUUAAUGCCCUAUUAAAGUGGGGUAAAGCCAGAGGAUUUUGUUUAAAAGGAAGUGGGAAAAGCCUAUUUCCAAUUGUGGCUGUUUUUUGCAACAUUUUAUGUACCAACACAUUGUAUUGACAUUUAAUUUUGCAAGAAUUUAUGGCAACAAUUAAAAUAGUCGCACUUUAUGGCAUAUGCAUUUAUUAUAAAAUGAUUAUAUUUUCAUAAUUGACCCAGAAUUUGAACAUAGGAUUAUGAGUUGUAUUAAUAUAGAUGCACGUUUAAUUUGAACAUGAAGUAAACAAUUACCCUAGCUAUGAGAUGUAAACUAAGCUGAUGCUACUGGUGUUGAUACCUGCUAAAAAGAAGCUUACUGGUAAUUAAUAAUGCCUGUCAAAUUGGUUUAUGAUCUACAUGUAUACCAGCGCUUUCUUCUACACCAGUCAUGCCAGCUAUGUUAGUGUAUUUACAUCUAAUCAAGUAAUAAACCUUCCCAAGGCAACCAGUUAAAGUGAGUAACCCAUUCCGCUCAAAUACCACUAAAAUGCAAUGCUGGCUCGGGCUUAAGCAGUGUACUUGUCUGUUCAUAUGCAUGUCCCGAAAUCUGUGUACUAAACUCGUUAACUUUCUCAGCUGAAUGAACUUAAUGUGAACUUGCCAGUUUUCAAACUAACUGAUCAAUAUUCAGAUACUGUUUAUCCAAUAGCACAUGGUUUCUCAAAAAAGUAUCAAGAUUCAGUGUUUUAAGUAAAAAGAAACGGUCCGAGGGAUUGCUUAUUAGGCGAGUUGACAAUUCUACAUGUACCUGCAACAAUACUUUUGGAAUUCUGAUCCAUUUGUAUUUUUUACUUGUAAUUAAGUGUUGAAUAUAAACAUGUAAAGAUGA